UCCCUAUGCAGACGAGCUCACUUGAAAUUCCAUCACACCGUUCACUUGAAUGAAAUAAAUAACCAAUCUACCGUGGAAUCAUAAUCAUAACAACAAAAAUAAACAAACAGCGUAACCACCUUGUAAACACUCAAAACGCUAUUGCCAGCAAACACCGCGGAAUCCCACGCGCCACCUUUUCCACCGAUCUCACUCGCGACCCAUGGCGUCCCCCGCGACCAUUCCGAUGACGACGUCUCAAUCUACGGCCGGUGGUGGUACCCAAUCACAGCCCCCGAUAGCCACGCCCGCGUUUAGGGCGUUCCUCUCGCGCUUCACGUCCUCGAUCCGUCAAGGACUCUCCCAACGCCGUCCAUGGUAUGAACUCAUUGAUCGGUCCGCCAUGGCUCGUCCCGAUAAUCUAACUGAUGCCUAUUCCCGGAUCCGCAAAAACCUCUCUUACUUCAAAGUCAAUUAUAUAACUCUACUAGUGGUUGUGCUCGCCUUUUCUAUCCUAUCGCAUCCCCUCUCUCUCCUCGUCCUCCUCGGCCUCCUUGCCGCUUGGGUCUUCCUUUACCUCUUCCGACCGUCGGAUCAGCCUCUCGUGAUCUUCGGCCGUACGUUCUCCGAUCGUGAGACGCUUGGCGCGUUGGUGGUGUUGACCGUCUUCGUCGUGUUCUUGACCAGUGUUGGGUCGCUCUUGAUCUCCGCCCUCUUGGUUGGCGUCGCUAUCGUUUGCAUACAUGGUGCUUUUAGGGUUCCAGAGGACUUGUUCUUGGACGAUCAGGAGCCUGCGAACACCGGAUUCCUCUCUUUCCUUGGUGGCGCCGCCUCCUCUGCUGCCGCUGCGGCAGCCCCUGCAGUUGCCUCUCGCGUGUGAACAACAGCUUUCAAGCAGGAUGUCCUUAUGAUUUUUUUACCUUAGCUUGUGGUAAAUCAAAAGGAUUUACAUUUUCCAUCUUAGAUUAAAAUAUUCAAUUGUUGCUUUACUGUUCUUUGUAUGUAGAUUUGGAUCUGAACUUGAAUUACGAGUUAGAUUGUCUUGAUUUGGAUGCUGUAUUAGUUUUCUUUCAAAUUUUGAUUUUGAUUUUGAUGAGAUUAGAUUUUGUUUUAAA